AUGGUCAGUGCUUUCACUUGCGCUGAGCAAGACAGUCUGGGUCAAGUAUUUGAGGAUGCUUUUGAGGCACUGACACAGCCUUCUGUUGGAGAACUUCAAUACCCCCCAGAACAUAAAAAUUACAUGGCGCUCCUUAACCAUUAUCCUCACAUCAGAGGCAAUUCCGGUUGGUGUGGAAUGUUAUCCCCAGAAGAGCCCACCUGUAACUGGAGAGAUGUAACUAGUGGUUCUGGGGACUUGUAUUUGGAAGAAAGUUUCCAUCAAUCUCUGCAGAGCAUAACUGAAAACCAGCUGGUACAAGCCACCCUCUUCCAGCACAAGGGAGGAAAAGGCAGGAGGAAGCUUCGGCUGUUUGAAUACCUUUUCGAAUCUCUGUGCAAUUCAGAGAUGGCAUCUUGUAUUCAGUGGGUUGAUAAAACCAAAGGUGUCUUUCAGUUUAUAUCAAAAAACAAAGAAAAGCUUGCUGAGCUUUGGGGGAAAAGAAAAGGUAACCGAAAACCCAUGACUUACCAGAAGAUGGCCAGAGCCCUGAGGAACUAUGCCAGGACUGGAGAGAUCACAAAAAUCCGGAGAAAGCUGACCUACCAGUUCAGCGAAGCUGUUCUCCAAAGACUCUCUCCAUCUCCCUUCCUGGGGAAAGACCUCUUCUACUCACAGUAUGGCCAGCCUGAUCAGCAAUAUCUCAGCUUGAACCCCUGGAAUGCAAACUACUAUGCUUAUGCCGGUUACCAGAGCUAAGCCACUCCAGCUUC